AGUAGGCUUUGUGCAGUAAGAUGAUCGUAGUUUCAUCCAUUGACAACCCUGGGAAGACACAUUGUCAGACUUCACAUGGUUCAAUCUCUCUAGAUGCUCGUAUAUGAGCGAGGCCUUGGACCUACUGUCUCGAUAUUUUGAAGUCUAUUGAUUUCCUAGUGUGUACCAUCACUAAGACCAUUGAAAUCGACGGCAGGAGGAUAUACUGCUCCGCGGCUGUUCUCUGCUCCGACUUGGAGCUUUCAGACCAUCACCGCCAAAACAGCUAAACGUCCAGCGUGCACUCCUGCAAUGGCGUCUCGCACACGGCUUGCAGCAUCGGCUGCGUCCAGUAUAAUACGAUCCUCAAAUCCCCGGACACCCGUUAACCUAGCACCGCUGGGAGCCGCUCUAAGUAGCACGCCGAUCCGCAGCUUCACUCAGUCACAUACCUGGCUCAACCCUAGCUCCCAACCGCCGAACGUUUUCUCGUCCAUCGGACAGUUCAAUUCGCAAAGUGCGCCUCCCUCAUACUUCCAAUCGCCGAAGCGCCUUCCUGCAAAUACCAUCAUCAGAUUUGUUCCGCAACAGACGGCAUGGAUUGUUGAGCGCAUGGGACGCUUCAACCGGAUACUGGAGCCUGGUCUAGCCAUCUUGAUACCAUUCAUUGACCGUAUUGCGUAUGUGAAGAGCUUGAAGGAGGCCGCAAUUGAAAUCCCUAGCCAGAGCGCUAUCACAGCCGACAAUGUUACCCUGGAGCUUGAUGGUGUUCUCUACACGCGGGUGUUUGAUGCAUACAAGGCGAGCUAUGGUGUGGAAGACGCUGAUUACGCUAUUUCGCAGCUUGCCCAAACCACUAUGCGAUCAGAAAUCGGCCAGCUGUCCCUUGAUCAUGUAUUGAAGGAGCGCGCGAACCUCAACGCGAAUAUCACCGCUGCGAUCAAUGAGGCAGCACAGGACUGGGGUGUCACAUGCCUCCGUUAUGAGAUCCGUGACAUCCACGCUCCGGAGCCUGUGGUGGAGGCCAUGCAUCGCCAGGUCACAGCGGAACGAUCGAAGCGUGCUGAGAUUCUCGAAUCCGAAGGCCAGCGCCAAUCGGCCAUCAAUAUUGCGGAGGGUAAGAAGCAGUCGGUGAUCCUUGCCUCUGAGGCAUUGAAGGCGGAGCAGAUCAACAUGGCAAGCGGAGAGGCUGAAGCGAUCCUGUUGAAGGCGCAGGCUACCGCAGCCGGUAUUGACGCCGUGGCUCGCGCGAUUGCACAGGGCAAGGAGUCUGCGCAGGGCGCCAUAUCCCUUUCCGUUGCGGAGAAAUACGUCGACGCUUUUGCCAAGUUGGCAAAGGAGGGUACCAGCGUUGUUGUGCCCGGAAACGUUGGGGAUAUUGGUGGCAUGAUUGCGAGCGCCAUGGCGGUAUACGGGAAAGUCAACGAGGCUCAAGCAAAAGGUCUUGCGGCGAAGAUGGUUGGCGGCACAGACACUGCUGCCAGCAGAAAGAUAGCCGACCUUGAGAGGAGUCUGGAAGAGAUAGAGGGUAAUACCUCGGGCGUGCAGAAUGCCAUCAACAAAGCGAUGGAUCAAAGAUUGAGCAAGAAGUAAGGGGUAUUGGUUAAGGGAAGGGUCAGGAUCUCAGCCUUGGAUUUUUGUACCAAGGUCGGAGAAUGAAGCACUGGAGGGGCCUUGUCACAGUAUUUGUAUCAAUAAUGCUCGGGUCCGUUGGUUCUCAACGAAAGGCAGCGAGCGAAUGUUAUACCGCAGGUUAUGCGUCCUAAUGGAUAGCGAAAACUUUCACAGUUGUCACUCUUCCCCAGGUCUUGUAAGAAAUUAUUGCAGCGACACGUUAUUACUUGAUCUGUAUCGCUCUCAGAGCGCGUCCUGCUUGAUAUU